CAUGGUCACACCGUCAUCGACUUCAUCAGGCACACUGCGUAUAAAUCAUCCCCGCCAGCCGGGCGCGCUCUGUGGGCUCGGUAGCUGUGCCACGACACGGCUUAACCCACUUCUGUUCACCAUGCAGGUACCGCAAUAAGCAAUCGAGUUCAUCUCACUGUGGGUAUAUGCCACGUCUAGAGAGGUGAAGAAGAAGAACCGUGACGCCGAACAAGGAAUUUUGUACGAGCCAUGUUUUGAGGCAACAACAACAAUUUCGCUUUAGAAGUGAGCGCACAGAGCGCGGACCCAACGUGCAACGCCGCUUAGCUUGGCAGUGCUCAGCUCAGGAAGCGAGCCAGCGGAUGUUACCCAGAGAGGAUUGUGUGAGCAGCCUCGACGUCCGCACGUGGGCGCUCGGUUUGGUGGUGGGCAUCGCGCUGGGCCUCAUGUGGCAGCAGGCGCCUACCGACAGGCUGGACAUCGGCGCGGGCUGGGCAAAAGGCCCCCCGACGCCCACCGGAGGGGGCAAAGCCGCUGUCGUUCGGCGCCAUCUGUCGGCCACCAAGAGCAACGCCGCGCUGUCCGCCGCCCUCAAGAGCCCGCACGUCAUCGAAGCGCUGCAGGAAGAGCUGCCAGAAGAAACAUCGCAGUCCAGCAUAGCCAUUUUCUGCGUGGUGCACAUGUUCGGCCACAUCCAGCCCGACUUCGACCUGAUUGUCAACGCCAGCUGGGGACGCCACUGCGACCACUUGCUUUUCGUGAGCAACAACCUGGACCGGGCGCGCAUUGGGCUCACCAUGUACGUGGAAGAGCGCAGUCCGACGAAGGCCUGUCUCGUAGUGCUGCGCUACCUGCAGGAGCUGGAGGACGACGCCGUCGACGAUGUCAACUGGUUCCUCUGGACAUCGGUCCACUCCUUCGUCAUCGUUGAGAACCUCAGGCACGUGGUGGAGGGCCUGGAUCCAUCCGAACCCUCGUACCUGGGCCCCUUGUGGAGUGGCGCGCGAAGCCUACGUCCGCUCAGCAACACCACUUUUGUGGUCAACCGAGCCGCCCUGAAUCGCAUUGCACGCACCAACUGCUCCUCCUUCCGGACGAUUGUGAGGUGCGUGAACACGGCGGGCGUCAAGGUGGUGGACAGCCGGGACGAGCGCGGCUGCGAGCGCUUCUUCAAGGGCGGCCUGGGAGCCGGCUGCCUCCCCUUCCGGAACGCGUUCACGCCGAGCCUGCCGGCGCAACAGCGCUGCCUGAGCACAACGUUCGUGUCGGUGCACGCGCAUGCGCACGAAAUGCUGGUGUUCGAGUACCUGACGCACGUGCUGGCUGCCUACGGCCAGCGAGCACGGCUCAACGUCACCGACGCGCGGGUGCCCUGGAACGCCUCCGCCAUGCCCGCGUGGUCUGACCAGGAGCUGCGACUCAUCCACGCAUGGGGGCAGAAAACGAUCGCCCGCGUCGCCAACCACACGACGAAGCGCCGAGUGUAAUUCCGGAAAUAGAGCUGAUAUUCAACAAUUGUGACCCAUCCUCGUUCCAAUAUAAUCAAUAAAGAAUCCACAGAACGGAA